AUGGCACAGGAUGUGAAAAUUGAUUAUACUAUGGAAACAAUGGAUCGAUUGCCAUUACAAAGAGAACCAGAAGAAUUGACAGGUUAUGAAAUUGAAAUUGUCGAUAUAUUGGGUUUGGGACCAGAAGAUCAUGGUCAACCCAAGAUAUCGUUAAAGAAUUCUGCAUCCAAAUUUCUAUUGGAGGUUUACAAUGAUAUAACGGAAAAUGAACAGGAGUUGGAUCACGUUCGAGAGCAUCUAACACGUGGUCGCCAGAGAAGAGCAUUAAGAGAGGAAAAAUUCAUAACCAAAUACGAUCGAAUGGAAAUUGAAAAGUGCAAUAAUAUAAUAACAUUUUCAAGUAAACAAAUGUUAAAAAAUUCAAAUCUCGUUGCCGAUUUACCUAUUGCUACGGAUAUGCAAAUUGGUUUCAAUGCCAAUGAUGUACCGCGUGAUUUACAGUUAGCACAUUCAGCCCUGCGCAUGUAUCAACAACCUAGUCUGGGGAAAUUUGUACAAAAUACCGAUGUCCAAAGAGCUAUAAUUUCAAUUUAUCAACGUGUUAUGGUACGAAAACAAUAUACAGGAGCCCUGAGAAUACUGGCUUCCGUGAAUACCACCACAACACAUAAAGGCUGGUUGGAAUUCAAUAUGACACGCAUCUUAUCCCGUUGGCUGCAACAUAAAUCAUUACAAGUUGGACGUCUGAAUGAAUUACUCGUAGGUGUUACUUUGGAAAUGGAAAAUCCCGCACAUGAAUCAAAAUCGAUAGAAAUAUUGCCAAGUGAUUUGGGUUUGGUACAGCCAAAUGCUACCGAUGAUAUGAUCGAUUUACAACCCUUCAUUAUUGGCUACUUCAAUGGACCCGAACUGAUGACCAAAAUCCAAAAAUUACGCUUCAAACGUGAAGUUAUCAAGCGUAAACGUAAAGCUGCCGAUUACUACAGGCGACCACCACCACCACCUGUCCAGGAAAUCUAUAAGCUACCCACAUCAUGUGAACGUUUAAAUUUCACGUUGGAUUUUAAUGAUUUACAUAUGCACGAUUGGGUUAUAGCGCCAAAGAAAUUUGAAGCUUUCUUUUGUGGUGGUGAAUGUAAUUUCCCAUUGGGUUCCAAGAUGAAUGCUACAAAUCAUGCCAUAGUGCAGACGUUGAUGCAUUUAAAACAACCGAAUUUACCCAAACCAUGCUGUGUACCAACUGUAUUGGGUUCGAUAUCAAUAUUGCAUUAUUUAAACGAGGAUAGUGUAAAUUUGAGUAAAUACCCGCAGAGUGUGGCAAAGGAAUGUGGUUGUCACUGAGAGCC